CGCUGCUGCGCGCCUACUCUCGAAGGCGGCCGCUGCUGCCAGGGUGUCGUCAGUGGAUGAUCUGCGCUGACGUGGAGCGACGACAUCCAGCCGCACCGUCACCGGUGACGACGAACUCGACGUGAAAACUUUUCGAGACAAGCCACCAUGGACGACUCGUCCCAACUGGAUGACAGCAUGAACGACUCGCUCUCCGACGAGGAGGAGGACCAGGAUGAAGAAUCUUUUUCCCAAGUUUCUCCUCACAGGAAGACUCAGACCUCCGUCAUACAGUCACCACACCCUCUAACUCCUGAGGUAACUUCGUCUAACGAGUCAGACGGCGUCACUCACAAGAGACGAGAGCUGCUCUCCAGACGUCCAUCUUAUCGAAAAAUCCUGAACGAGCUCGCAUCGGACGCUUCGUCGGUUCCUAAAAUCGACGAGGAGGAGGAGGAGGCGGCGAUCGCAAGCGUGGACUCUGGUUCCAAGCCAACCAUCUACCAGAACAGCUCAGGACAAUACAUCGCCAUCGCUCAGGGUAGAACCAUCCAGUUGAGUGGCACCGGAGCUGAGGCUCUUCAGGGGAGUCAAACUCUGAACCCGCAACCUGGUGGUGCCAUCCUGCAGUGUGCUGCCUCACAGGGCGAUGCCCCCAAGCAGUUCUUCAUCCAGGGAGGACAGAUGCUCAUUCAUGCCGCCACUGGAGACAUCCCCGCCUAUCAGCUGCGCUCGCCCAACACAGGUUUGAGCCACAGCAUCGUGAUGGCGCCGUCACCGAGCGCCACACAGAGCCCGUCGUCGCAUCACACCGAGGAGGUCACGCGCAAGAGGGAAGUGCGGCUCAUGAAAAACAGGGAGGCGGCGCGAGAGUGCCGGAGGAAAAAGAAAGAGUACGUGAAAUGUCUAGAAAACCGCGUGGCUGUGCUGGAAAACCAAAACAAGACGUUGAUCGAGGAGUUGAAAGCUCUGAAGGACAUUUACUGCCACAAGGGGGAGUAAGGGCGCCCUCACACCUGCCGCCGCCUGCCGCCCGUCAAACCGCCGUGACUGUAUCCGCUCACUCAGGCCUUUCCUAAUGCUGCACCCCCACCCCCCACCCCAGUGUGUCAUGGGAAUGCUCCAGUUCUCUUUGCGGCUUUUUUUCCCCCACACAGAGGAACUUAAAAGCGUCGCACACGCUCCUGGCGCAAGAUGAGAGGAACACCGGAGACUCCCAGGAACCCGAACGCACCUUUUGCGUUACGCUACACUCACCCUGAAGACGCCAAGAGACAGGAAGUAGCAAGUGUUCGUUUUUAAAGCUGAAGAAAGGAAUAAUUGUCGUUUCUUUUUGGUGUAAGCUGUGAUUGAAUUCAGAAGCCAUUGUUGUGCGUGCGUACAGGAAGCUGAUAAACAUGUGACACCAUUUAGAAGCUCAACAUGCUAAGCUGUUAGCCUUUUGUGCUAAAUGCUAACAGAACUCAUCUGUUUUGUAAUGUUCUUAACCAGCUGACACCCGAUGUGUGCAGGCUGGUCCACCCACCUAUCCCGAGUGUUAAAACAGGUAAUGUGGAUGUUGCCAUGGUAACCAGAGUGAUGCCACACAGCUUAUUAUUUUCGGUUUAAACUCACAUAUCGUCGGUAUAUAUUGUAUAGUACGGAGGUCCCCCAGCUGCGGCCCCGCCAGCGUCAACAAUCUGGCCCCCCCAAAAAAAGCGGCAUACGUCAGAACAAAUCCUCUCAGGCAAAUUUAUAUUGUUGAUGUUGUUCCCCCUGUCUGCUAUUCAGAUGUACCUUACAGAAGAGAAGUGUGGGAUACCUUAUUUGUAUUGGACUUUCUUAAAUGUUUGAAUAUAUUUAGGGAUUUGCGCAGCCGGACCGGAAAAAAGAAGACGGAGGGAGAAAUUGUGGAGAGGAGGACAGGACAAAAAUGUGUGUGUGUGUGUGUGUGUGUAUAUAUAUAUAUAUAUAUACAGUAUAUAUAUAUAUAUAUAUACACACACACACAGUACAGGCCACAAGUUUAGACACACCUUCUCAUGUCAAUGUGUUUUCUUUAUUUUCAUGACUAUUUACAUUGUAGAUUGUCACUGAAGGCAUCAAAACUAUGACACCUGUGAAGUGGAAAACCCUCUUGAAGCUCAUCGAGAGAAUGCCAAGAGUGUGCAAAACAGUAAUCAGAGCAAAGGGUGGUUAUUUUGAAGAAACUAGAAUAUAAAACAUGUUUUCACGUAUUUCACCAUAACUCCACGUGUUCAUUCGUAGUUUUGAUUAGGGAUGUCCGAUAAUAUCGGCCUGCCGAUAUUAUCAGCCGAUAAAUGCGUUAAAAUGUAAUAUCGGAAAUUAUCGGUAUCGUUUUUUUUAUUAUCUGUAUCGUUUUUUUUUUUAUUGUUUUUUUUAUUAAGUCAACAUAAAAAACACAAGAUACACUUACAAUUAGUGCACCAACCCAAAAAACCUCCCUCCCCCCAUUUCUUUCUGUUAUUAAUAUUCUGGUUCCUACAUUAUAUAUCAAUAUAUAUCAAUACAGUCUGCAAGGGAUACAGUCCGUAAGCACACAUGAUUGUGUGUGCUGCCGGUCCACUAACCUUUAACAGUUAAUUUUACUCAUUUUCAUUAAUUACUAGUUUCUAUGUAACUGUUUUUAUAUUGUUUUACUUUCUUUUUUAUUCAAGAAAAUGUUUUUAAUUUAGUUAUCUCAUUUUAUUAUUAUUUUUAAAAAGUACCUUAUCUUCACCAUACAUGGUUGUCCAAAUUAGGCAUAAUAAUGUGUUAAUUCCACGACUGCAUAUAUCGGUUGAUAUCGGUACCGGUUGAUAUCGGUAUCGGUAAUUAAAGAGUUGGACAAUAUCGGAAUAUCGGAUAUCGGCAAAAAGCCAUUAUCGGACAUCCCUAGUUUUGAUGCCUCCAGUGACAAUCUACAAUGUAAAUAGUCAUGAAAAUAAUGAAAACGCAUUGAAUGAAAAGGUGUGUCCAAACUUUUGGCCUGUAGUGUGUGUGUGUGUGUAUAUAUAUAUAUAUAUAU